AAACACACCGCGCCCGACGAGUGAGUCACGCGCACGGUACGACAUCAAGUGGGCCGAGGGCCAGCGUUAGUUCAAGGAGUCAAAAGGUGACAAUUUUGGCGUUUCACAAUCUUGACAUUGGUACUGUUCUGCAGUUGGUUUGAAUAUUGUGGACGUUGCUCCAUAAGGAGAUUGCUGAUCUCGUUGAUGGUCGACAAAAGUGAAGAAAAUGGCAGUUACUACCAAGGUUUGCAGUGUGGUGUUGGUCCUGGGUGUCAUCGUCGCAAUUAUCGGUGGUGUAAUGUUCCCUGUCUUUCAGAAGAUCAUACAUGAUGAAAUUGUCAAGCAAACAAUGCUGAAAAUGGGCACCAUGGGUUAUGAUAUCUGGAAGAACCCGACGGCCGAUGUCUACAUGCAGUUUUGGGUCUGGAACCUGACCAAUCCGAUAGAGGUGCAGAAUGGGAAAGAACCAUUCCUAGUGGAGAGGGGACCCUACACAUACAGAGAGAUUAUGGUGAAGGAAAAUAUUUCAUCUAACCGCAAUGGCACCAUUACAUACGCUCAAGAGAAAUCGUAUGUGCUGGAUCUUGAUAUGUCCGUGGGAGAUCCACAGAAAGACAAAUUCACAACAAUCAACAUUCCUGUCAUGACUGUUGCUGGAAUGCUUCCACAUUUGGAUCUUGGUCCGUUCGAGAAAGCCGUCCUGGAAGGAAUCAUAAGAGGGUCCACUACUUUUCCAAGUCACACUGUCUGGGAUAUGAUCUGGGGCUACGACGAUGAGUUGAUGAAGCUCGCCCAUCUAAAGCACCUGGCACCGUAUGACAGAUUUGGAUUUUUCGUCAAUCGGAACAAUUCCAAUGAUGGCUUGUACACUGUCUACUCCGGUGUGGACAAAAGUGACACCAGCAGAAUUAACCACAUCACCAGGUGGAAGGGCCAAUCCGAACUGCCGUUCUGGAGCACUCCGGAGGCCAACACAAUCAAUGGAACAGAUGGGUCCUAUAAUCAACCCUUUUUUGACAAAAGAAAACUGAUGUAUGUGUUUUCUUCAGAUAUAUGCAGAUCUAUCAGUGCUGUCUAUGAGAAGGAGACAGAAGUGCGCGACAUUUCUACGUGGCGAUACGUUGGCCCACCCGAGGCCUUUGCCAACGCCACUGAGAACCCCGACAAUGCGGGAUUCUGCACCCCCAACACCACCUUCUGCCUGCCCAGUGGCCUGCUGAAUGUCAGCAACUGUCAGUUUGGUGCACCCAUUGUGAUGUCACUCCCCCACUUCCUGUAUUGUGACCGGGACAAGGUCAUUGACCUUGUGCAUGGGGUCGAGCCCCAGAAGGAAGUACACCAGACAUUCUUUGACAUAGAACCGAUGACUGGGGGACCUUUGAAUAUUGCCAAAAGGCUACAAAUUAAUGUUUACAUGCAGCCAUUUGAGAAAUUUGAUAAACUUAAGAACUUGAGAAAACUCUUUCUACCUGUCGUUUGGCUGAAUGAGAGUGGUCUCUUAACUGAGAGUGGAGCAGAUCAGCUCAAAAGCCAGGUGGAGACACCAGUCAUGUUGACCGUGAUUGCUGAGUAUGCCACGCUGGGUUUGGGGCUGUUAAUAGUCAUAUUGGCCGUGGUUGUGCUGACUGUCACUUGGAUAUAUAGACCUGUCAGGCAGCUUCCGUACUCGGUGAAUUCUACUUCUCCAGAAGUCCACGCUGGCAGGUACCCUGGCAACUCCAGUGUGGUCCCAGUAAACCCCAACGGACCUGUGGUUCGCAAUGUGAAUGAGUCAUCUCCAUUGCUAGGUUGAGGAAAACUUUAGUUGUGUUUCUUAUUACUUGGAGAACCUGUCUAUUGUCCACACCAGUGCCCAUCAUGGAAAUACCACUACCCUGUGUCUAAACCUGAAAAGGCUGAACCCCAAGACUGACAAUACCAACUUCCCUGUCACCAUAAGAAUGCCAUGUAAGGUGGAGUGGAUCAUUUGCAGCCUAUCCAGCAAAUCAACUGACCAUGCUAUUGAUGAUGAUCAUACUUGGGUCAAAGAUAGUUACGUUGUUAAAUUCCAUGUUCCGUUACGCUGGCAGGCAUGCUGACAUUUUGAAAAUCACAGUGAGAGAAUGCCAAUUUCACAUCUUUGGAGCUUUCUAUGGAUACCACAGUCAUGCCUUUGACAUGUUAUUGGGCAAAUCCGUGAGUGGGUGCAGUACCCUCCCUGGUAGGAUUUACUUGUAGUUUACUGAGACUCUUAUGAUUUAAAUAGACAUUGAAUAGGAGUAACCAGUUGGAUGCAUAUCAUCAAGUUGGGCAGUGUAUCAAGUUGGGCUCUUUCACCCACAGGAGGGACAUACACGCUGGCGGUCAAGGAAUAUGCACCAAUGAAUUGUUUUUUUCUCAUUCAGGCAAGUCUGAAAUUUUGUGCAACAGAAGUUUUAUACCCUAAAAACUAUUUUUUUUUUCCUGCUGUUGGGCAUCUGAGUGGAAAACACCCACAAGAAAUUUGACAUUACCAGUCUUUCUGAAGAUUUGUGUAAUCAAAGAAAACAUAAAAAGUAAUGCCUUUCAUUGUCUCUUUACAAAACUUCAUGCAUCUGCCUUCUUGUAUACACAGCUCCUUUGUGUUGACCAAUCUUACAUUUCAGAACAGGUUAUUUUUAAAUUUUUGAAUGACUGUAAAUUAUGUGAUGUCACUUAAAAUUAUUGUGGUAUAUGUAUAGAGGAAUUUUUUUAAAUUGAAUAAUUAAAAGAAGAAAAAUUCAAAUAGUUUGAGAGUCUACAUGUACAGUACAAAAACAUCUUUUGAAUAAAACCUCUUGCAAGCAAAACAAGUUUAACAAAUAGGCAAAUUUAAUUGCCCAGCUAUAACAUUCAGAGCCGUUGCCAUAAUAUGUUAAUUCGGCUUUCCCUAAACAUUCUCUGAUGCUACUGAAUAGCUUGAUACCUUUGGAUUUUUUCUUCCAUUUUUUUUAGUGUAAUUUGACACGUACAUGUACAUGCAUUUUUAAUUAGGAAAAGGAGUUUUUGACAGGCCACCUUUGAAUAUAUACAUUUAUGACAUGUGGAUAUCACAUACUCUUCUAGUGUAUUGCUUUUAACCAAUCUGUCAUGUCAUCCAGCACUUGGAUAUGGGAGAUGUUUCUUCCAUACCCAAGGGCCGAAGGUCCUUAUAAUAGUGGCUGUAACCACUUCCUAGAUGACUUCGUUAUUUCCAUGCUCAAGCUAGUUGACUUGGACAUGACUUAUCACUUGGGAGUUGGCUUUCAUUGAAAAUGUUCAAGAAUCAUUCUGUUUAUGAAUUUCUCAGCUUGGGCUCUGAAUGUGGGCAGGUGUGUACACCAGCACCUCACAGUGAUGACAGUGUUGUUCUUUGCUACUAACGUACCAAGCUUCCCUAGCAUGCAUCAGGAAGGAACAGGUACUGAUCCAGAACCAAUCUGGGGAAGGGGCAGAUUUGAGGAUUUAUUUCUGUAAUCUGUUUGUGGCUUUUCUAAGGAUGAGGCUAAAUUUGGGGACUUCUUGCGUGCUAUUCCAAAAAUAUUGCAUCUUUCUGGUAGGAGGAGUUAGCAUGAGCCCUGAUUUCCCCCCCCCCUUCCACCAGUGGAAGUGUAGGCAUGCACACCAGCUGGACACUGCUACCUUUGCCGGCUCUUAUCCCGUCUUUUUUUAUUCCAACAUACAUUUAUGCAAGCAGUCGUUGCAUACCUCGGUACUUUCUAGAACACAGUCAUUACAGUGCUGUGGCCUCAUGGUUAAAAGCAUUGGAUUUGUAGUCGACAGGUCAAGCCGUAGGUUGUGGGUUCGAAUCCAGUCUGGGGUCAUGGUGCAUGUGCCCUUUGUCACUCAUUGCCUCUCCCCACCCAGGAGUAUUUGGGUACCCUGUGAGGGUGGAAAUGAUUAUUGUGAUUGAUUUAGCUGCUUUGCGCUGAAAUGGCUGCAGCCGAGCUGUAUACUCCCCAGGGAGCUGAGAGGGUAUUUGGAAUAUUUCUUGGCCCAAUGAGCAGGGGUAAAAAUAAUGUUGGGCAUUGUAAAUGCCUUUUUUAUUAUUAUUAUUAAUGUAAGGAUUUAAACUUCAAAAUUGGAAGUUGUAUUUUUCAAGUGAAGCUAUGCUGAUUUUUCCUUUUGUGAUGAACUGCCCUGCAAUUAAUGUACAGUGGCUAUUUUCCCAAGAGCUACUGCCAUUUUUUUGUCCUGAAAGGAGACAGAGGAUGAAACAGGUGACUGCCAUUUGAAUGCAUAGCUGUGUCUAUGUGCCAUGCAUGUGUGCUGGUGUGUUGCAGAUUUUUUAUUUUCCUGAUUUGGCUGAGCAUGUAAAAACAGUGGUGUCGACAUAUUUUCAGCCAACUACAUGCAUGCAAGUACUUUUUUUGACUGAUUUCUUUUCAAAGUUUCUGUCUCACGUUUUCUUGUUUGUCAUACACGUAACUUGUUUAGUGUGAGUUAUUCUCAGGAUUCUUUGUAAUAUAAGUGUGAUCAUUACUAUGGAAAGAUUACAUGAGAAAUUUAUUUAAUUAUUAUUUUGGUUGAUUUAAUCAAGCAUUUCUGUCAGAAAUCUGAGAAAGAAUCUUGGAAAAUCUUAGUAUUGAAAAGUACUUUAAAACCAUAACUCAUUUGAAACUAGCCAUCUUGUGUAAAUUCUGAAAGCUUUAUUUUCCUUAUACUUCAACUGCAUAGUAUUCAGAAGCCUGGAGAGGCAGCCUGGUGUCAGUAAUUAACAAUGGGCCAGUUAGGUAUUUCAGGAAGGUGGCGUCACUCAAGAACAAAGAGCCCAAUGUUACACCAGUUUGAACAUGUUCAUUGUGUUUGAGUUGGCACAUAAUGGCCCUCACACAGGUCACAUCAUACUGUGAUACAGCUGACCGAGCGUACACAUUUUGAUGUUCUCCUGUGACCUUCGACAUAUUUGAUUUUGAGAAUGCACUUUUCUGAUUCUGAAUACUAAGCUCACACCUUGUCCAUGUAGCAGUCAAUAUUUGUAGACAUAAUAAGUAUAAUCAGUUGCAGGUUCUGCUUUCUGCUUUUUGAAAUGGCAGAAAAGUAGAAAAGUCGAAAUUCCAUGUUACCAGAACAUAAAACCUGCUUUUCUACCAUUCUGAUAGCAGAAAAGCAGAUGGCCACUUUUCGUCCUCCACAACAGUGCCCAUUUUGUCAGCAUUAUUACAGUGACUUUUAUAAGUUAGUGUGGCCUCAAGAAGGUUCAUGAAAAAGCCAAACCUUCCUGUUGGGAUCAUGAUUUUUUACAUUUGUAGGUGAUACAUGUAUGUGACAGUUUUCUAGGAACAGUAAUACCUUGGGCACUGAUCGUCAAGCAAUAUAAUAAAUGAAAUUUUUAAAUGAGAAACCAAGCUGUAGAUUUCACAGAUGUAUCGUUCAAAUUUAACUGUGCUUCAGAUUUUCACAUUAUUGAAUACAUGAUAUAAGAUUACAAGUG